UUCUCAAUUGCAGAUAGUGUGCAUCGUGGCUGUGAACUUCCUUUUUUCCAAUGAAACAUAAUUAUAGACAAUGGCACCGAGGCUGUGAAUUUUUCAGUGAUUCUAAACUCAAAUUCAAUACUCCCCCUCCCCCUUCUACUAUAUAUAAGAUCCUGAUGUUCAAUUGUUUUUCACUCACUCUUGCUUUGUUCUUAUCUUAUUUCCUUGCUCUGAAGGAGAUUCAUUAACCAUGGCAAUCAAAGUUGAUGAUGUCUCAGAUGUGAAUAAUUCAAAGGAUACUUGGAACAUCGUUACAAAGGUGGUUCGUUUGUGGGUUAGUCCCAGCUUCAGUGGAGGGAAAUUGCCAUUCUCAAUGGAGUUGGUGUUGAUGGAUUCAAAGGGUUGUCAGAUUCAUGCUUCAGUGAGGAAAACUUUGGUCUAUAGGUUCCACCCCCUGUUGACUGAAGGUCGGGUCUAUCAGAUUUCAUAUUUUGGUGUUGGGGACAAUCUUGGUGAUUUUAGAACAACUACUCAUCAGUUUAAAAUUAACUUUCAUAUUCAUACCAAAGUGAAGGAGAUUGGAAACUGUCCAAUAACCAAAAGUCCUUACUCUUUCAUUUCUUUGUCUGAGAUUAUGUUCAAUGAUCCGGAUCCUUCUUAUCUAAUAGAUAUCAUUGGUAUCCUUACUGGAUCAAGCGGUGAGCAAGAGUAUGAGAAGGAUGGGAAAAUUCAAAAGAGAGUUACGAUCGAGCUUUUUCAAGAUGGGGUUCGUCUUGAAUGUGCCUUCUUUGGUAACUAUGUUGGACAGAUUCUUGGGCAAUUGGCUGCUGGUGACAUGACAAAUGCAGUAGUUGUUGUUCAAUAUGCUAAAAUUAAACCAUUCAGAGGGAGGCCAAGUGUUCAGAAUGUGUAUGGUGCUACUAAGAUUUUAUUUAAUCCAGAUGUUCAGAAUGUGUAUGGUGCUACUAAGAUUUGUUAAAUAUUAAUUCUGUUUGCCAAAAAAAAAUUGUAAUUUUGUAAGGGUAUUUGCUAUGUUCAUUUGGAGGUGGAAUCUACUGCUGUUUCCUAUGAUGCAAGAAUUAUAACUAUUUGGGCGUGAUAUUGUUCAUUUAAUCAAAACACAUAUACUUCGUGCGGUGGAGUUUAUCAA